AUGGCCGCUUAUCAAUUCCGUGACAUGUACCGGUACUUGGUAUUGACCAUUUCUUUGUUUGGAUUUAUGAUCAUCUCUUCCAAUACAUUCGCCUUUAAUUUGGCUGUUGUUUGUAUGGCAGACAAUAAUACUGUAAGUUUAUUAGAUGAUUUUUUAUCCUUAUUUUUUUUUGAUAUCAUUUUUCCUCCUUUCAGGUGCUUGAAUCUUUCCCUCCAAUUGAUUACAGUCCCUAUGAAGUCAGUCAGAUCAAUUGGGCAGUCGGACUUGGCACUGCCUUAGCUACGAUCCCUUUUUCAGAGCUGUUCACUCGAUUUGGGGCCAGAAUUCCUUUCUUGAUCGCCUUGAUUGUCUCCUCGAUUGCCACCUUCCUGUUCCCAUUUGCAGCUGAAUACAACUUCUUCUGUAUGCUCUUUCUUCGUUUCCUUCAAGGUUUCGCAUUCGCGGCCGAUUUCUCUUCCCUUGGCUUGGUUACUUCCAAGUGGGCCUCCCUAAAACAGUCCGGAUUCUUUUUGUCGGUCCUCUGUUGCUACGUGGCCUUGUCGACGGGCUUGACGAAUUCCAUUGGUGGGAUAAUUUGUAAAUCCUCAUUUGGAUGGCCAUACGUCUACUUUGGCCACGGAGUUGUCGGGAUUAUCAUGGCCGUUUUGUGGUGGUUGGUCUACGAAGAUAAACCAAAUGAGUGCGCGAGGGUUUCGUCGGUGGAAUUGGAAAAAAUUCAGCGAAACAGAAACACGAAUGAGAUCGAUGGAAGUGCGGAGCCAAUUCCUUACAAGGUAGGUCGCAAGUCAAUCCUGCCUAGUUGAAGCUAUUUCCCGACCAAGGUUUAAUUGAUGUGGCGCCGUUAUUUUAGGAAUCAGGUCCACCGAAAUUCCUGCCGAAAAGCUGUCAUAUAUCACAUCACAAAAUAGCUUGGGUAUCUAAAAUCUUUUUGCCAAUCGGUAGUGUGCGGACGAAACGUCUAAAGACGUGGCCACCGUUUUAUACGAUCAGCCAAUAAUAGAGAAAAAUAAUGGCCUAGGAAUUUUGAUGACAUUUUGUUUCAGCAACUCCUUCAAGAUCCAAUCAUUUGGUCAUUUUGGCUUAAUGGAUUUGCUGAACUUUUGGCCUCGGCUUUUGUCCAAAUGUAUGCAGCCUACUACAUCAAAAACGCGCUCCAUUUCGGAGUCGAGGCUACUGGAUAUCUCUCCGGGUUAACCACAGCAGCUCAAUGCCCAACCCGACUUGUGUUUGGGUUCCUGGCUGAUAAAUGGAGAACUGUUGGAGAGGAUUUCAAAGUUAAAUUGUUCAACACCAUCACACUUUUUGGAGGGGGGAUCUUUAUGUUGGCCAUUGGUUUCUGCCCAGAGCAGUUUCCAAUCGUGGCCGUUGUUGCUUUCGUUUGUUUCAAUCUGGUUACCGGCUUCUCUACUGUCAGUUUCUGCAAGGCCAUUGUUUUGUAUUCACGGUGAGAUUUUACAUUUCCAUGUAAUUUGUUAUUGUUUUUUGAAUCCUCAAACUGGAAUUCCUUGUUUUAGACAACAUGGGCACUUUGUAAUGGGCGUAUGCCAAUUUAUGAACUGUGUGGAGAUGUUCCUUGGCCCCGCGAUGGUAGCUUUCUUCGUCCAUGACGAGACCAACAAGACCGAAUGGAUUCCCGUUUUCGGAAUCAUGGCUGGGUGUAUGAUCUUGGCUUCAAUCGUCUUCCUGAAAUGGUCCAACACCCAGCCGCCUUCUUAUAUUACCGCCGGGAGCUUUGUGGGCGAUGAUAUUGAGAAGACCAAAAGCAUCGCCAUUAAUGCUGUAGUCCCAAUCCAAGCAGAUCGGUUGAAUGGAGUUCCUGAGAAGAGUACUACAUAA